AUGGUAUAUAUUCUCCGUCUCCUCGCCGGCGUCGUGCAACAAGGCCUCACUACUGUUUUUCACUUUCUCACUAUCAACUAUUUCGCUGAGCUUCCUCCUCCACCGGGACCAAUGAAGAAGAUAGUGAUCCUGGGUGGCUCCUUCGCGGGAAUCAGCACUGCCCAUCGCAUUCUCAAGAAGUCUGCAAAAACCGGUCCAGUCAAGAUCACUCUCGUAUCGCCAAACACUCACUUCUACUGGAACGUCGCCGCCCCGCGAGCGAUCCUCCCCGGUCAAAUCGACGACGAGAAGGUGUUCCUGCCUAUCGUGGAGGGGUUCAAACAGUAUAAGGAUAGCGAAUAUGAGAUCAUUACCGGGCGCGCCCAGAGCCUUGACUUUGAAACCAAGACGGUCGAGAUCAUAAACGAAUCCGGCGAGCGAACACUCGAUUACGACUACCUGAUUCUUGCGACUGGGUCGCGCACUGUCGGCGAAAUCCCGUUUAAAACUCUCGACACCACCGAGAAUACCAAAGAGGCUCUGCACGACUACCAAGAACAAGUGAAGAAGGCCAAGACGAUCGUUAUCGGCGGUGCCGGACCCACGGGCGUCGAAACGGCUGGUGAGUUGGCGUUCGAGUAUGGGAAACAAAAGCGAACCAUCCUGAUCACACCCGCCACUCGAGUUCUCGACUCCGCCAUCCCCAGCGUCUCCAAAGUCGCAAGCGACAUCCUUCAUAAACUCACUGUCGAAGUGAAACUCUCCACGAAAGUCACCUCAUCAUCACCCACUUCCUCCGGUCAGCUCGAACUCACCCUCUCAUCCGGCGAAAAGAUCCUCACGGACAUGUACAUCCCUACCUACGGCGUGGUGCCGAACAGCUCCUACAUCCCCGCCUCAUACCUUGACGACAAGGGUUUCGUGAAAGUGGAUCAGCAGUUCCGCGUGAGCGGACAAUCCAACGUCUUUGCCAUUGGGGAUGUGUCGAAUCUCGAACCCCCGCAGCUCAUGUUCGUCGAUAAGCAGUCAACUCAUCUGGCGAAGAAUAUCGUCCUGGUGCUGGGUGGGAAGCAGUCGGUGGAGUACAAAUUGGGUCCGAAGGGCCUCGGUCUUCAAAUCGGCCGCAAAACAGGGACCGGACACUUGGGGAACUUCAAGAUUCCAGGCUUCCUGGUACACAUGCUGCGCAAGAACUUGUUCUUGGAUAAGGUGGCGCCGCUAGUUGAUGGGUCUGCCUUUUAA